UUAACCAACAAUUUAAAAUUUCUUAGAAGCAUUCUUAAAAUUUUUUUAAACCUAAUCUCAUCAUAAGCAUCGUUCUUCAUUUAAAGCUCUUCUUCACUUCGGAGUCUAUAUCUUCAAUUAUUUUUAAACUAAUUGAUUUCUAUUAUUUGUUGACGAAUAACAUAUAAUGUUCAAAUUAAAAACCGAUCAAAUGAUAAUUUAUAUAAUUUAAAGACGGAUAAGUUUAACAAUAUGAUAAAAAAAAUUGAUGAACCGGAGAAUAUAUUAAACACCAAGGUGGUUACCGAAUUUUUAUUGUUUAAGACGUUGUACAACUACUUAUAAUCAACCACUUUUUAUAAGGGUGAUUUUAUAGAGAUCCUUGGAUAUAAUUACGUGAAGUUAAUUAUGCACUUAAUUAUGCAAACUGGCAACACCAACCACGCUACCAUGUCUGAAAGUACAAAUUCAAUGCCAUUUAUCUGCAAAUGGUUAGAUUCUCAUUCCAAACCACAGUACUUUAAAACCGUGAAGGAACUCAGAAAACACGUCGCUAAACACGACAUUAAUUCUUGCAACAAAUCUCUUCCGGGAAAUCAUAUUUACAUAUGUCCGUGGAAAGAUUGCAAGAAAUCUCAUAAUAGUAUUAUCAUGUUAGAAGAACAUUUACGUAAGCACAUUCAACAAAGACCAUUUAAGUGUUCAGUUUGUAAUACCCGAUUUGAUACUCCUGUUGCACUAGGCCAACACUUGAUCAACAACCAUAAAGAUAGUUUUACGGACUUUACAAGUGAUGAUGAAAUAGAAGAAUUGAAUUCAGAUAAAGUCGAUGUCCUUGUGAAAGAAAAAGUUGAUAGAGAUGAAGCUAACUUUCUUAUUGAUGGAAAAGUCAAAGUCUCCCCAACAAGCCAUACUGCAAAAUUAUCCUAUCGUGAUGUUCUCAUCAAAGAAAGCGUUAAUAAUGAUGUCACCAAUACUUCUAAGAAAAGUAGCCCGGAUACAAAGUACCCUUUUUAUAUAAGUUAUGACCAGAGAGAAGAAGGUUUGAAAUUAUUACAUGAAGGGUUAAUUGCUAUUUCAAACAUGGCGGAGAAAAGGAUAGAGGAAAACCUUGCCAAUUAUGAUCCUAAUAACACUGAUAAUUUGCCUGCAGCACCAAAAGAUCAUUUAACCGAGGAAGAAGAGGAAAAACUUUUUUGGGAAACAAUUUAUGAUGUAUAUAAAGGGACAGAUGCUAUCAUGAUGUUAACUAAAGCUCGCGAAAUGUUAGGAAUGGAAAUUUGAGCGUGAAAUCUGUUUUAAUGAGAUUCUUUACAGCAAAGAUUUUAUUUCUUAUAUACUUCUCAAAUUUAAAUCAGAGAAAUAAAAUAAUAAAUAUUUUUAUUGAUUUACACAAAUUAUUAUUUAUUUUUAGGAAAAAUGUAUCU